AUGAAAAAGCUCAACGUCUCGACUGCGAAUCUCUUUUCUCGUGUGCUCCAUGAUACUACUGAGCACAAGACAUCCAAUGAAUCAGUAUCCUCUCCAUCUAUUGGUGGCUUUCUCGUAUGUCUAGGUGUUCCAAUCGCCACAGAAUUUGGCAUUGACUACGAGGUGUUUCGUACUGGUUUAAAAUUCCAAGGGGUUAAAUUUCUGCCAUUAGGAAUUCAUUUUGUGCUCUUUCGGUCUCGGGAACAAGAACACGGUAUUAGACAAGGAUUUUUUAUCAAUAUCGAGCGUCAUUUACAAGUUGUGGUACGUGAGUGGAGCAUGGAGAAGGAAGAACUGGGACCACCACGACCAGGACUUGAUAUGGAAACUCUCGAGCAUGCAGUGCUGUCGUUCCAACUUGAUAGUGGGUUGGGACCGUACCCGAAGCAGCAUUUGAAAACGUGGCAACGUCUCUCCAGCUUCAUUUCUGCUUCAGUACUACAGCAAUGUGGCGUGGAAUUUGGUGCCAUCAUUCUUCCAGGCGAUGCAGUUGAGGACGCAUCGAUCUCGUCCAAAGUCCAGGCUGGAAUUGUUCCGUUCUUCCCAGAUCUACCGCGGACGGUACAAUUUACUUCACUGCAAAAGACAAGAACUGAUCUAUCGGGUGCAGCAAGGACGGCCUAUCACUUUGAUCGAAGUGAAAGACUAGAAGAGUUAAUUGAGACGCAGUUUGGUGGCGACUGGAAGCGACUCAUCGGCGAACUUCAACUGUCGCUCCUGGUUUUUCUGCAGUUGUCGUCUCUUGCAGCGCUAGAGCAGUGGAAACAGUUCAUUGCACUCUUGUGUUCCUGCGAACGAACACUCGCUUCCCAUGUGCCGCUAUUUCUUGCGUUCAUCAAACUCUUAAUUACGCAAUUGAAACAGAUCCCUGAGGACUUUUUCCAAGAUGAGACGACUAGUGAAAACUUUCUAAGUCCGUGUCUCUUGUCGCUACUCGAGUUGAUUGAAGAUACUGAAGCUCCACCACAGUUCCAUCCACAAGCUUUUCAAUUGCGACAGCUUCUUGUCAGUCGUUUUCAUUGGGAUUUCAACGCAGUAUGGAAGAUGGAUGAGUUUGCACCUGUUGUGGUGUCUAAAGAAGAGCUUUCCAGUGCUGCAUUUGUACGUACUAACGAAUCGUCUUCAUCUCUUCAACGACAACCUGUUUUAUCUCCUACGCAGGAGCGACAUCGUCUGCAAGAAGAGGAAGAGCGUGCCAAUGAAGCAAUCGCCGCUGCUUUUUUGGGUAAAUAA